GCGCACUUUCCCGCGCUCGCUGGCUCGGGGGCCGGGUGGGGCCGGAACGGACGUGGGCGCGGGAGAUUCCGAAAUUUGCCGCCAUGUCAGCGACAGUCCCCGGUUACUCGCCAAGCUUCAAGAAGCCUGCAGAAACACUGCGACUCCGGCGGAAACGGCCCCGAAACGCUGCCGACCCUGCAGCAGAAGCCGCCGUCUUCCCGGCGGGUCUGGCCGAGCUCGGGCCCCGCCGAGCCGCUCUUGCGGCUGGCCUCUGCCUUCGCCCUUUCCCCGCCGCGGGGAGCAGGAGCGGAGGAGUCGCCGCUGCUUCCCUCCGGAGAAACCCGUUUGCCCGCUUGGACAACAGCCCGCGGCCGGCCGUGGGGCCAGAGCCCGUCACCGACCCUGCGUGGCCGCCGGCCACCUUCCUGCAGGACACGGGGGAGCCAUUUUUAGAUUUUCAUCAAGAAAAUAAUGUGACCUGGAAACAAGAGUUUUCAGAAACAACAGUUAAGCAAUUAUCUGUGACUCCUCAUCAACAGCACUCCAAAUAUGAUAUUCCAUCUUCAGAAAGUGUUGAGUUUCCUGUGGAUUGGAGUAUUAAAACUCGCCUUCUUUUUACCUCUUCCCAGUCUUUUACCUGGGCAGAUCAUUUGAAAGCUCAGGAAGAAGCUCAAGGCUUUGUCCAACACUGCAGGGCAACAGAAGUUCAUCUACCUGAGAAUAUACAGGAUCCACGACUCUCCACUGAGCUUCGCUGUGCAUUCCAGCAGAGCCUCAUUUAUUGGCUUCAUCCCUUUCUGCCAUGGUUACAACUUUUUCCACGUAUUGGGGCUGACAGAAAAAUAGCUGGAAAAAUGAGCCCAUGGUCAAAUGAUGAGGGCCUACAACAAAUUUUAAUGAGUGAAUGGUCCAUCAGCUUCACUUCUCUGUAUAAUCUACUGAAAACAAAACUUUGUCCCUAUUUCUAUGUUUGUACCUAUCAAUUUACUGUGCUGUUUCGUGCAGCAGGGCUAGGAGGAAAUGAUAUAGUUACAGCUGUCUUGUCACCCACAACCAGAGGUUUAAGAGAAGCUAUGAAAAAUGAAGGUAUUGAAUUUUCUUUGCCUUUAAUAAAACAAAAUGGUCAACGGAAACAAAAAGUAUCUGAGACAAGUGUACAUGUAGCAGAGAGUGAAUGUAAGACAGAACCAGAAGAGGAACAACUUAUUAGUGAUGAGGAUGAAGAGGAAAGUUUUUCCUGGCUGGAAGAGAUGGGUGUACAGGAUAAGAUUAAAAAACCAGACAUCUCUCUCAAGCUUCGUAAAGAGAAAAAUGAGGUGCAAGUGGAUCAUAGGCCUGAGUCUAUUGUACUGGUAAAAGGAAUCAACACCUUUACGUUGCUAAACUUCUUGAUAAAUUGCAAGAGUUUAGUUGCCACCUCAGGUCCUCAGGCAGGACUUCCACCGACACUAUUGUCUCCAAUAGCUUUCCGAGGUGCCACAAUGCAAAUGCUCAAGGCACGAACAGUAAAUGUGAAAACACCAGUUUAUACUGGUUAUAAAGAUCAAUUUAGUUUGGAGAUUACAGGCCCUAUCAUGCCUCAUUCUCUGCAUUCAUUGACUAUGCUGCUGAAAUCUGCACAAAAAGGAUCUUUUUCUGCAGGAUUAUAUACUCAUGAACCAACAUCUAUAUUUAACACAUGUACUCAAAUGGAAAAAAUAUCAAACAAGGAAGUCCUUGAAAAGGAGCUUACAAAUUGUGGACUGCAUCUUAAAACUCUAAGUCAACUUACCCAGUUACCAAUACUAGGAAAAUCAUCUUUACGAUUCAUGGAAAUGGAUAAUUAUGCUUGUAAUUGGAAGUCUUGAAACAAGUGGAAUGAGAUUAACUGCCAACUUUUAAGAAACAUCUUCCCAAAAUUAAGCAAUCUAAACAUAUCUCUCUGUUUGAAAGUGCUUGUCUCAGGGUUUGUAAGAAA